AUUUCGACUUCAGAAAUGGAGAAUAUUGGAACAAAUGUUGGCGGUGGAUUACAAACCGAUAUUGAUGCUGCCACACACAUUAAGGAACAAUUUAGCAAUCUUCGUCUGUUUGAAAAAAAUAUGAGUAUUAUUCAAAACAUAAUUCACGAUGUAAAUUCUUCAGUGGUGUCUUUAGAAUCAGCCGUAAAAUCAUUGAAUACUAGUCUAUUCAAACUCCGAACUGAUAUUAAAAAGGAAUGUCCCAACUGUAUGAAUACGGAUACACUUCAAAUACACUUUGAUACAAAUGAUCUACCUGAUAUAACAAGCAAUAUAAAUGCAAUCGACUCUGUGGUUGCCAAGGGGCUUGGUAGUUUGAUAGAUCCGACAGAAAAGGCUUUUAAUGACAUUCCAGAAUUAGUCCAAAAUAAUUCACAGGCAACAUCUAAAGACAUAAAAAAUGUCAUCAAGAAGUUUCGGUCUACUAUCGGAAAGUAUAGAGAUGACACGUUGCAACUUAAAGCAACACUUAGUCAAUCAAUAAAUUCAACAUUGGAUCCUGGAGAACAUGGAUUAGAAAUAAGUUACGAAGUCAUCGACAAAUACUGGAUGGCAGUUAUUAUCCCUUUUGGGUGCCUUACUGUUCUCAUACCUUUCUUUCAAUUUCUUGGAAUAAUACUUGGUACAUGUGGAAAUGGAGACCAAGUGAAACCCACUGAAAGGAAUUCAUUAUCUAACUGUGGUGGAACUUGUUUGAUGUUGUCAGUUGGUUUUAUGUUUUUCUUUGGUUGGUUAUUUAUGGUAUUGACAACUAUCACCUACAUACCGGGUUCCGUACUCGAACGAUACGGCUGCGGUUUGAUACGAAAUAUUGACACAAAUUUAGAAAAGUUAAUGGAUGCGGCAUUUCCAGAUAAAAAAGUGUUUGGCGAUAUCGUGCCGCUAGAAUUAAACGUAUCAGCUUCUGAUCUCUACAGGUAAAUACACUUUACAUAGCUUUUAAAUCUUAGUUUAGCAAAAUUAAGUUAUGUAUUU